CGCAGUCAACGUUUAUCAGUGAUUGCAGUUCAAUUAAACAGAAUGCAAAUUUUCUAUAUUCUCGCAGUAACUAUUGCUGUGGUUUCUGCAGGUACCAUCCUGCCAGAAAACACAAUUAUCCAGCCACGGCAAUUGCCAGUUGCUCUUAAUGUUGAAGGACGUAUUACUAAUGGCAAGGAGGCUGCUGAAGGACAAUUCCCAUACCAAGUGGGCUUAAGUUUCUCAAGUUCAAGUGGAGGUUGGUGGUGUGGCGGUUCAUUAAUCGCCAACACUUGGGUACUGACUGCAGCUCACUGCACUAGUGGCGCUUCAUCGGCAACUGUUUAUCUAGGAGCAACCGUUCGUACUAGUCCCAAGGUGACAUACACUGUUGCCAGCAGCAACUUCGUUCAACACAAAAGCUACAAUUCAUUGUUGUUGAGCAAUGAUAUAUCAUUGAUUCGUAUUCCUGCAGUUAGCUUCACAACCUAUAUAAACAAAGUUGCUUUACCCGCAGUUUCCUCUUCUUACUCAACCUAUGCUGGCCAAAACGCUAUCGCUUCCGGUUGGGGAUUAACUUCAGAUUCUGCUACUGCCGUUGCUUCCAAAUUGCAAUAUGCCACUUUACAGGUUAUUGAUAACUCGGUUUGUGCCCAGACCUAUGGCUCUCUUGUCAUCAAAUCGAAGACAAUUUGCACUGCCACUCCUAAUGGCACCUCAACCUGCAGCGGAGACUCUGGCGGUCCCUUGGUUUUGGCCUCCUCGAAUACUCUUGUUGGUGUCACCUCAUUUGUUUCUUCAGCUGGCUGCCAAUCUGGAGCCCCAGCUGGUUAUGUACGUGUCACCAGUUACUUGGAUUGGAUUCAAGAAAAUACUGGUUUAUCAUAUUAAAAAUAAAAUAUCGUCAAUAUUUUAAUCUUUUGAAAAAUAAAUACAAAUGCAUAAUGGUUUAAAUAA